CUUUGGAAUGAGGGAGUGAGUGAGUGAGUGUUCCGGGUCAGAAAACUGGACUAAGAGGAAAUAAAGUCGCGCAAAAAAGCUAAACAAAGCUAGAAACUGCAGAGGCGAAGGACAGUCCCACCCGAAUAGACAUGUAAGCGUCCCGGGGGAAGAAGGUAUGGCACAUUUCUCGACAUUCCAGUGAAGACGUGGCGGGAAUGAGCAGGAGGAGAGGAGGAAGGGGGGAGAGAUUUGAAAAAGUGUAACGGAGGAGGAGAAGAGGAAGGAGUGGGACUGAAGCCCAUGUCUGUCCGCGCUGGGAGAGCGAGCGGCCCGGAGAGAAAGAGCGGAGAGUAACCGCGGAUAACAGAGGAACACUGUUGCUGCUGCUGCUGCGUGUUUACUGGUUACUGUGUCAGUUACUCCGCGCUGAGCGGCCAGUGGAGCUUCUCUCCUCUCCUCUCCGAGUUUGGUGUGUGUGUGUGUGUGUGUGUGUGUGUCCUGCUCUCCCCGUGCGGCGCUUUCUCCGCCGGUGGGAUGUUUCACUGCAUUCCGCUGUGGCGGUGCAACCGUCACGUCGAAACGAUCGAUAAGCGCCACUGCUCGCUGCUUUACGUGCCCGACGAGAUCUACCGCUACAGCCGCAGCCUGGAGGAGCUGCUGCUCGACGCCAACCAGCUCCGAGACCUGCCCAAGCAAUUUUUCCAACUGGUGAAGUUAAGAAAGCUUGGACUGAGUGACAAUGAGAUCCAGAGGCUUCCCCCAGAGAUAGCCAACUUCAUGCAGCUUGUGGAGCUCGACGUCUCACGCAAUGACAUUAUAGAGAUUCCAGAAAGCAUUUCCUUUUGUAAAGCUCUACAAGUAGCAGAUUUUAGUGGAAACCCUUUGACAAGGUUGCCCGAGAGCUUCACUGAAUUGCGGAAUCUGACCUGCCUUUCCAUCAAUGACAUUUCUUUACAAGCACUUCCUGAUAACAUUGGAAACCUCUCUAACUUGGUAUCACUGGAACUCCGAGAGAACCUGUUGACAUACUUGCCAGAAUCUCUCUGUCAGCUGCACAGACUAGAAGAACUUGAUCUAGGGAACAAUGAACUAUAUAAUUUGCCAGAGACAAUAGGAUGCCUUGUCAGCUUAAAGGACCUGUGGCUAGACGGAAACCAGCUGGCUGACAUACCACCGGAGCUGGGCAGCAUGAAGAACCUACUGUGUUUGGAUGUGUCGGAAAACAAGCUAGAGCAUCUCCCGGAGGAAAUGGCUGGCCUGGUCUCUCUCAAUGAUCUGCUAGUGUCCCAGAACCUCAUCGAUGCCCUGCCAGAGGGCAUAGGAAAACUAAAACGCCUUUCAAUACUGAAAGCAGAUCAAAACCGCCUGGUCCAGCUCCCUGAGAGCAUCGGCAGCUGUGAAAGCCUGACUGAACUGGUGCUGACCGAGAACCAGCUGCUGAGUUUGCCAAGGAGUAUUGGAAAACUUAAGAAACUCUCCAACUUCAACUGUGACAGAAAUCGCUUAACAUCUUUACCCAAAGAGAUAGGAGGCUGCAGUAGCCUGAAUGUGCUGUGUGUGAGAGACAACCGUUUAACACGCAUCCCCUCAGAGCUGUCGCAGGCUACAGAGCUGCAUGUGUUUGAUGUGUCUGGAAACAGGCUGGCCUACCUGCCGCUGUCUCUCACCACACUGCGGCUCAAAGCACUCUGGCUGUCGGAGAACCAGUCUCAGCCGUUGCUCACCUUCCAGACAGACGUGGAUCCUGACUCAGGAGAGAAGGUGCUCACCUGUGUGCUCCUUCCCCAGCAGCCUUGCGAAUCAGACAAAGGGUCCGAUAACCUGGCACGCUGUGGCGCUUUGGAGAGUCUCGUGAACGACAUGGCAGACGACACUUGGGACAACCGAGCCAUGAACAGAAUCAGUGCCAUCCGCUUCCUGGAAGAUGAUGAUGAAGAGGACGAUGAAAAGGGAACGCUGCUGCGGCGGGCCACUCCCCACCCUGGCGAGUUGAAGACGAUGAAGAAGGUAGUGGAGAACCUCCGUAACGACAUGAACGCCGCCAAAGGCCUGGAUUCCAACAAAAACGAGGUCAAUAACGCUGUGGACCGAGUGACCACGUCUGUGUGACUGCUUUUACCUCCGAGACGGCCCUUUUCCCAUCGUGUCUUCCCUCAUGUUCCCUGCUCAGCCCUCUUCCCUGUGAGCUUUCUCCCUGGGGCAUGACUCCUCGUCUCUCUGUCCGGGGUCAGUCCCGCUUGCAGCCUCAUCUCCUCCUUUCCUGAAACGGGGAAUGACCCUAACAACAGGUGCCUUUUUUAUCCAGAGCAAUAAUCUGUGCAGGAUGGCACACUUUCUGUACAUAGAUAUUUUCCCCACAGUAAAUCGAUAGAUGCACUACAUCAAGUCUUAGAGUUCACUAAAAUAUUGACAGAAUCUCCAUAGAUAUAUAGAGUAUACACAUACUGUAUUUAUAUAUAUUUGUUCUAUUUUCAUUUUGAAUUUUUUAUUAUUUUUUUUAAACACUGGGUGGAUGUUUCUUUCUUUUACAGUUCUUUCGGAUUAUGUUGAGCCCAGGCGUUUUUGGACCUACUGAUUUUAAACAAAUUAUUGUAUAGAUCUUUGUGAAUAUCAAUACUUUUGUACUUGUGGCAGCUCAGAUGUUGUAAAUUUGGAGAAAAAAAAACUAGAUGUAUAGCACGUUUCUUAAUCAACGAGCAUUUUUACUCCUUUUUUGCAAAAACUCGUGGUUUUCUUUCUUUUUUUUCUUUUUUUUUUAAAUGAUUGAACAAAGAAAUGUCGAUGUCUUACACAGCAAAGAAAUUAGCCAGGGGUGAGAGGAGAUCUUUGUGUUUACUUUUCAGGUUGGGCUAUUUGCUUUUCGUCAAUCAAUCCCAUUCUUAUUCCAAGUAAACAUGGUUUUGUACUUAAGUAAAUAAGGGCUGACGCAGCACAGAGCACGUGUGACCUCUGGAAACUAGAAUCAGAGAUGCUGGGUUUCACCUACAUUGUUUCACCAUGGCGCGCUUUUACAGGACAGUUUCACCCAGAAAUGCUAGCUUGGCUAAAAUGACUGGAAGUGGGGACCAUUGAGCACAACCUGAGGGCAAAGAUAUUAAAUUUCAUAUAUUAUUAGCAAUAUUAGCAUUCCUGGAUGACGUGUCCUUUUAAUCUCCACAUUAAUUCCAAAAUCAGCUCCAUUUUUGAAUGUUCCCUGCUUUGUGCAUAUUCAGAACACUAAAGGCUGUUAGUUAUUACUGUAAGAUUGAUUUAGGUGGGCAGUUUCCUUCUAAGUGCAGAGAAACGAAUACAGAUAAAGUUUUGUUAAAAUUGCUUGUUAUUUCUAUGGUACACUGCAGAACCCAUUUUGCAUUGUAUGUUCUUUGUGGCAAAAAGAGACCGGCUGAUUGGUUUUAACAUGUUGAUUUUAAUCUCUUAAUUAUUAUAUAUAUAUUUUGUUUGUCAAUGAUAAAGCUGCACAGAAAACGAUCUCAAAUAGGCAUUGAUCCCGGGCCUAUAUUUUUGACUUCUAACCACUGAUACAAUAAAAUGAUUUUAUGAAAUCAGA